GCCACCUAGUUGCACAUGGUUCGUUGAUUGCGAAUUUCUUCUUGCGCAGAACUUUCCAUUUAGUAAACUAAUAAUCAAUUAUAAGGAUGGAGGACGAAGCUUGGCGGGAUCUCGUGGGUAUCAGCGCCGAUCCGCCCAACAGACGUGACAAGUGCGAGCAGUGCAAACGGCCUGUAGUUGUGUGCUGGUGUCCCGCUUUGCCGCAUCCGCCGGAGGCCGUAGCUUCGCAGAUAGUGAUACUGCAGCAUCCAGCCGAGGAGAAAAGAUCCCUACGCACAGCCCUGAUGCUCCAGUUGGGCCUGGAACCGGGAAAAUGUGUCGUGUACAAGGGCAAGCGUUUCCCCAACCACAAACACCACUCUGAACUGCAGAGGAUUCUAGACUCUCCACAGACAUUACUCUUGUAUCCCAGCCGGGACUCAGUACCGCUAGAGGAGGUGGACGGCAGUUCCGGUCCCUACACUCUGGUGCUUAUAGAUGGCACCUGGCCUCAGGCCAAGGCAAUCUAUGCCAGUAGUCCUGCUUUGCACCGCCUGAGACAGGUAAAGCUCAUCGCCGUGGGUAUCAGUGACUACAUUAUCCGCACCCAGCCUACGGAGGGCUGCCUCAGUACCCUGGAGACCGCAGCCCAGUGCCUAGCCGUGCUCGAAUCCCGGCCAGAGCUGCGGCAAACGCUCGUCCGCCCGCUGCACGCGCUCUGCAGGUUCCAACUAGACAACGGAGCCGUCGAGCACCAGUCCAAGGAAUUUCUGAUGAAAAACAAUCAAUACCCCAAACCUAUUGGCAAGCGGCUGAACCGUCUUCUCAACUCAACUAGAAACACAGCGGGCGAUGGCAACAAGGAUACGUGAUAGCAGAAAAACACCGGAGGAGUUGCAUGUGCCUGUGGUUUAUAGUCAACUAGGUGCAGCGGCCGUAACAAUGUUAUGAUUUGUAACGCUAUUAUUAUUAUUUUCUACUAAAUAGUCAAAGAUU